GACCUCGCCCGAUGAGCCAGCGUGGCACCAAGAAAACACCAGCCCCGGCUACUGGCCCCGGCUGGUCCCUCCCCUGGGAGGAUAAAACAAAUGGUGGCGGCGCGGAUAAAACGCCGUUACGUUAAAAAUCACGGCUUGUCGUUUGGCAAGAAGAAAACCCGGAGGAUAACCAGUCGGAGCUGGAGGCAAUGCCACUAGGCCGGCUGGAGUAAGGAAGAGGGACGCAAGGGCCCUAAAAAGAAAGAGAAGGCUCCAGGGGUAGGGUUUUACAGUUGCCUCGUGGUUAUAACUUUCCCUGUACCUAGAGACCUUAGAGCCGGCACAACGCGGCCACAGAAACUCGCCCAGCCACCGUCGCGGGCGCGUCAGAGAGUAGCAGAUGCGACUGCUCGAGGGACUGGCCCGUGCGCGAACACGGGUCAGCGCCUAACGGCACUGACGUUAAUAUACUUAUCUUAUCUUACCCCUCUCCCCUGCAGUACGUCUGCAGCGAAAUCUUGCGAAUCUUUCCGCGCUCCACGCCUUAUUUCCGCCCUCCUUACCAGCCUAAGAAACGAAACGUUCAACGCAACCAUUCCGUUCUGGCAAUAAUGCCUGUGCCGCAUGACCGCGCAGGCCGAGUCAAGCGUGUGCGGGCACUACCAGAAAAGAGCGUGCUUGACGACGUCCUAUAUCUCGGCACGGUUAAACGACAUCAUGCCCUACCGCAGAACGGCGACGACGACGUCGUAUAUCUCGGUACUGUCAACCGAGGUCACGCCCUGGAAGAAGCGGUUUGCGUUGGUAGUUCAACCGUCCAGAAUACGGCCGGAGGACGACCCGCGGACCAAAGAACCAAAGCCCGAGCGAGGACUUCGAGUAACCGGGGCCCUUCACGCCCGAAGCGCCCAUCUCACGGAGGCGCUAUAUCGACGCCGCAUCCCCUCCGAAACCGCCGGCGAUCCAACGCGCCAUACCGAAAAACCAGGAUCCCUCCUCGCAUAGUGGAUGGAUUGGUUAAAUUGGGUUGGUCGCGACGUUUGGAUAGGGGGUGGCAAGAGGUUUACGGCUCGUUCAGCCGCACCGGUCGCUUCUGUUACUGGCUUGAUACUGCCAAGUCAGACCCGAUUGCCCAGAAGGACGUUCAAUAUGUUACGCGCUUUGGAGGCAUGACAGCGCAGCAAGUCAAAGCUGAAGUCUACCGUAUCUUAGAAGCGGCGUCCAGGGAUAUCGGCGUUGUGUGA